AUGCACGACUUCCUCCGUGGCACUAAUGCUGACAUAUUUGCCAUACAGGAACCUUACAUUGACUCCAAGGGAAGAACUAGAUCAUUGCCCCACUUGAGAGUAGUAUACCCCACCGGACACGUGGAACACUUUGGAGACUCAGACCGACCCAAGGCCCACUCUCUCAUAAUGAUGCACACGCAUAUACAAACGAAACGAUGGACACAGCUGAAUGUUGAUAGCCCAGACAUCACAGCUAUCCAGGUAGUCACUGAUAUUGGAACGAUCCGGAUAUUCAACAUCUAC